AUGAAGAUAUUUUUAAAAAGGACACUGUUCAAUUCUGUGUUCAUCUAGAGACCUUCUAAAUGUGUGGUGAGCUCUAGUAAACACCACAAUUUUGGUUUUGUCAUAGUUUAUCUUUAGAGAGUUUUGGGAACAAUAAGCUGCGAGCCCCUCCAGCAUGCUGUGUAGGCCCCUUGGAGUAAGUGCCAUGACAGCCAUGUCGUCAGCAUAUAGCAAUAUAUUCAGGUGUUUGCCUUCCAGGGCAGGAGCUGAUGACUUGUACUUCGCCAUAUGCUGAACAAUGUCAUUUAUAUAAAAAUUAAAGAGGAAUGGCGCUAACAAGCAACCCUGUUUAACUCCUUUCCCCAGUGGCAUUGGGUCAAUAUAGUUGCCUGACAUCCCAGUUCUGAUUUUAACUGUGGUAUCUGUAUGCAACUCUCUAAGUAUUUUGAGAAGUCGUCUAUCAAUAUCUGUUUGAUAUAGUUUUUGCCAUAAUUUGUCCCUACAAAUUGAGUCAAAAGCAGAUGUAAGGUCUACAAAAGCCACAAAAAGUUUGCUCUUAUGUACCUUUGUAUACUUAGCUAUCAUUGUCUGUAGUACCAAACAAUGACCUGUUGUGCUAUGGCCCUUUCUGAACCCUGCCUGUUCCGGAUUAAACAAGUUAGAGUGGUCAGCCCAGUCAACCAAUUUAUUUAGCAGGUAACGAGUAUAAAGUUUAUACGCGAUGUCCAGGAGACUUAUGGGGCGGUAGUUUGAAGGGUCUUGGGGGUCUCCCUUCUUAUAGAUGGGGGCUACGAGACUCAGUUUCCAGUUUGGUGGGAUUCUGCAUGUAUCAUUUAUUACCGUAAAAAGUUGGGCCAAAAUAGCGACCCACCACUGGGCAUUUAGUUUAAACACCUCCGGAGGAAUCAUAUCCUCACCGGGAGCUUUGCCAUUUUUGAGUGUUUUAAUUAGCUGUAAACAUUCUAAUUCGGUAACAGGAUCCCAGCCCAUUAAUAGAUCGUUUUUAAGAGGAGGAAACUGGCUUGGUUUAACAAUGUUUGGAGCUGUAUAUAGCCGGGGAAAAUGUUGGUACCAUAAGUUAGAUGAAAUACUGUUGGUUACAAUUUUCCCUUUGGGUGAAACUCCCUGAGCAAUUAUUUCCCAGAAUUUUUUGUCGUCCCGCAAUUUGAUCGCUUUGUCAAGUGCCUCCCAUUCUUCCUUUCUGUAGAGGGAUUUCUUAAAUUUUAGAGUAUUUUUAUAAUGAGAACGCCACCUGUGCAGGUUUUCCAUGGAGGACAGAGUCCCUUCCUGUUUUACCUUAUUUUGUAAUUUCCUAAGCAAGGAUCUUAGAUUCCGGCAGUCUCUGUCGAACCAGGCCCUCGAAUUGUUUUGUUGUUUGGGAGAAUUGGAGUUCGUAAGUAGUGGGAAGAGCGACUCUGAGACCCGCUGGAAUGUUGAAAAGGGGUCAGAAUUAGAUAAGAUACACUGGUCUCUCAAGGCCAGUAAGUGUGAUGAAUGCAGGUGUUGUUUGAUUUUAGAUUCAGGGUCGCUGUUCCAUUUACGCCUACGGAGGGCCAGAAUUGGAGGUGGGUCUGCACAGUGAUGGUGUAGCGGAUCCUCCAAACCAAGGGGAGUUAGUGAGAUUGCUAUAGGAAGAUGGUCACUCUCAAUUCCAUUGAAAGUCCUGAAGCCCUGUGACCUCUCCAAAAGUUUUGGGGAGACCAGGAUAUGAUCAGUAACGCUCGCACCUCUAGGCCCGAGAAAAGAAAAGAAACCCCCUGACCUGUCCAUAUAGGUACCAUGCAAAUUAUACAAAUUAUGUUUGAAGGCAGUCUCCAUUAAUGUAACGCCUGCCUUAUUCAAGACCUUAUCGUCAGAGGACCAGGGAAUAAACCAGUCUGCCUCUGGCAGGAACUGAGAUUUAGAGCAGUACAUAUUGAUGUCAUUUCCUAUCCUGGCGUUGAAAUCACCUGCCAGCAGGAUAUCCAUGCCAGGGAGUUCUAGUUCAGCCUUCUCCAAACAUAGCUCUAAAUCUUCCCAGGUUUGUGACGACUGGGGAGGGGUGCCCAUGGGAGGGAUAUAUAUAUUAAAGCAAAGGAAAUCUCCUCCUUCACUGCUAGAAAUCAGUAGGAUUUGUAAGUUGUUACUCUUCACCCACUGCUGUUGCCGGACCUUGCACUUUAGCUUGGUAGAGACAAAAGUGACUAAACCACCACUAGGUCGGCCUCGGAUAUUUGGUUUUAUCGCAGGGGUAGCAAAGGCUUCAUAUCCCUGUAAAGGAGGGACAUGGAGAUCUAGACACCAUGUCUCCUGUAGACAUAUAUUCUGAAAUUUUGUAAGGAAAUCCAGAAGGUCGACAUCACUCUGCUUAGAUAACCAUCCCGCCACAUUCCAAGAUAGAAUGUGAAAAUAGGGUGAUGGUGGAAAUAGUGGCAGUCAAUCUCUUUUCCGAUGGUUUGAGGCUCCUGAAUUAGGCUCAUCCUCUUUCUGCCCUGCUUGGUGGUUCCAGGUUUGAGGUCGCUGGUCCCUAGGUAGGUGUAAUAACUUUAACUGAGGGGCCAAUAAGUUUAUGUGGCCCAGAGGAUCUUCGAUGACACUAUUACAAAUAUCAAGAUGUUCAGCUGGUUUUUCCAGGGCAAGGGCUUUGCUGGCCCGUGUAGGUUGCAAAGGUAACAGGUCAACAGCUGUAUCUUGCGUCGAUACUGCUAGCGGGUCAGGAUUUGACAAAUGCUGUGAAUCUUGAUUGCGUAUUGGGCUUAGAACGAUGGAAGCCUCCAAUUCCGGCAUCGAGGCAUAUGAGGACGAGAGCAUUUCAGACUGGUCUUGCUUGGGUAGUCCAAUAUCAGGCUCGUUGCACGUAGAGACCAGGGUACCAAGCGGGGGGUGUAGAAAAUCAAUUAAGUCAUUUGCAGGCAGGCUUGCCACUCCCUGUGGGGUAAUAGAUUUGCCCUUGUUUGGGGUCCCCGGCUCCAUUCUCCCGUCUAUUUGUUCUUUGUGGCACACAGGCCCAGCAUCAACACAGGCAGCACCUAUCCUGGUGCAUAGCGAUGUACUGGUCAGAUUGGUGAAUACCCUUGUAAAAUAGAUGUACCAUUUUCUUGUACGGUUUCUUAGUUUUAGGAUCUUUGCAACGAGAUGGGCAGCUCUAAAGUUAAUAACCAUACGUCUCAUAUAAGGUCCAGAAGGCAACCAUGAGAUGUCCACGAUAUCUACGGGUCGUAGUGUCUGCCCCAACAGUUGGGUCAGGGAAUUUGCGGCCGAGUGUUUAUCCACCCAUUUGUCAUAGUUCAAGGGGUGAUUUCCCACCAGUACUGCAAGUUUGCUGUUUUGGAGUUGCAGACUUGAGUUUUGUACAUGGUUGGGCAGGCAUCUCAUUUGUUUUGGUGCAAGGUUGGCCUGCACACUUGGGCAGGGAUGAGCGGAGUUUGCAAUAUUGUUAAGCUGAGGAAGUGAGGGGGGGCAACUGAACAGGCCAAGGACUUUUUCAAGCUUCUUUUCGAUCCCAUCCAGCCUUUUAUAUAAGUUGGUGAUGGUAUGUGUUAUCAACUCAGUCUGGCAGAUUAGCAGUUCCAGUGCCUCUUGGUCCUCGUUUAACUGGGCUGGUGACUGGGAUAAUUCAGGUGAAGUUUUUUGCAGGGACUCGAGAGUCUGUUCCUUCUGUUCCUUCAUACACAGGCUCGAGGCUGGUUGUGGACCAUCCACAAUGUCGGUAGGCUCCUCAUGAGCUGUACUGGGAGCAAGGACCUCAUAACUGUUUGCGGUAGGGAAGUUUCUACAGAUCUCAUUUAGGUCAUUGUCAGGCAGGAAAUCCCUGAUAUUUGUCUGUUUUUUGGCAGUGCUCGUAGCUUCAUUGGAAUGCUGCCUGCAGCGUUUCUUCCCUCUCAUACCGGCAAGAAGAUAAGGAGAAAAUUUCUCGAAACUGCAGGGUCAGGGCAGGUUGUGCUGUUAAUGAGCCCUGCUCCCUUUAACAGUCUUUAUCUACAGCGUUAUCUUGCAGAUUUAUGGGAGAAGUAGAAAUAAUCUGAACCAUAAAACCAUAAAACUUCUAAAAUAAACGCCCUAAGGCAUCUUAGAGCCCUUAAAACCCCUCAAAGCAGAAAAUAAAAACAAAAGCUUUACCUAGCAUAAAACAAGGCUACCGUUCACGUCGCCAUCUUGAUCACUGAGACGCUUUCUGGUCAUAAUAGAUUGCUUUUAUACCAUUAAUAAAUCCUUGUCCCACCUCCAUAUUUUCCAAAUUCUGUAUCAUAAAACUCCAUGAGAUAUUAUCAAAGGCUUUUUCUGCAUCUAUAAACAUUAACACAGCUUUAGUAUUGAUCUUUACUUCCAACCGUUCUAAAAUAUCAAUGAUAUUUCUAAUAUUAUCUUUCAUGUGUCUUGCAGGCAAAAAACCUGCUUGAUCUUGAUGAAUCUGGUCUUUCAAUACUUUCUUGAAUCUUGCAGCCAAGAUAUUUGCAAAAAUUUUGUAAUCCACAUUUAACAAGGAAAUGGGGCGAUAAUUCUUCAUUUGCGUUCUGUCCAUAUCUGGUUUUGGUAUCAGGGUUAUGUAGGCAUCUUUCCAGGUGUCGGGUGCUUUGUCCCCUCUUAAAAUAUUAUUACACACGUCCUUCAGCGGUUCUAUCAACCAAUCCUUUAACACUUUAUAGUAUUUUGCUGAUUCAAAAGUUUUUUUAUUCAUCAUUUUGAUCUUCCAUUCAAUUUCCUGGUUUAAUAACUGUGAGUACUGAACUUGUAGUAAUUUAAUGCUUUUCUGAUACUGUUGAUUCUUUGGGUCUGUUCUUAAUUUCUUUUCUCUUUCUUUUAAUUGUUCCAAGAUUUUUUAUUUUUUCUCAUUUUGUUGUUUUUUUUCCUUAUUGCAUUUUGUUGUAUCAGAAAUCCUCGCAUGACAGCUUUACUUGCAUCCCAAAUCACCCUUUUAUCCGUUUCUGUUCUCAAGUUUAUCUCAAAGUAGUCUUUCAGGGUUUUUUGGGUCUCCUUUAUUAAUUUUUCAUUUCUCAUUAGAGCUUCAUUCAUUCUCCAUCGGAAAGCACCCUGUACAGUGGUGCCUCGCUAGACGAAAUUAAUUCGUUCCACAGGUCUUUUCUUAUAACGAAAAAAUUUGUCUAGCGAAUCCCAUAGGAAUGUAUUGGAUUUUGGGGGGAUUUUUUUUUUUUGCCCAUAGGAACGCAUUAAUUGAAUUUCAAUGCAUUCCUAUGGGAAACCGCGAUUCGCUAGACGAAUUUUUCGUAAAACGCAUUCGUCUAGCGAGUCAACCUCCGCUAGAAAAAACCUUUCGUUAAGCGGAAAUUUCGUUAAGCAGGGCAUUCGUUAAGCGAGGCACCACUGUAUAUUUAAUUUGAUAUCAAGUCCCACAGCAUUGUGAUCAGAACAAGUUCUUGGGUAGAUCUCCGAUUUAGAUAUCCUAGGUACCAAUUCUCUGGAAAUCCAAAUAUAAUCAAUCCUUGACCACGAUUUUUGGGAUUCUGAGUAGAAAGUCCCUUCUUUUUCUAAUGGGUUUUUAAUUCUCCAUGCAUCUAUUAAAUCCAAAUUUUCCACCAUCUCAAAAAAGGAUUUAGGUAAUCUUCCAUCGUUUGUAAAUUUCUGCCUUUGAGAUCUGUCCAUUAAAGUAGAUGAUACUGCAUUCAGAUCCCCCAGAAUCAGUGUUUUAUAAUCCAUAUAGUCCAAUAGGAUAUCAUGAAUCUUCUGGAAAAAAAAUGCUUUCGCAUCAUUUGGCGCAUAGAUUCCCAAAAUUAACCAUUUUUCGCCUUGUGCUGUUACUUCCACUGCAAUAUAUCUGCCUUCUUCAUCUUUAAAUAGUAAUUUAGAUUCCCAUUUAUCUUUGACAUAAAUCACGAUUCCUCUUUUCUUAACUUUAUCUGCUGUGAUGUAGGCUUGCCCUAAUUUUUUAUUGAAUAACAAUUUUUUUAUGUUGUCUUUUGAUGUGUGUCUCCUGCAGGCAUAUAAUAUCCAAAUUCUGCUUUUACAGAUCAAGCUGUAACCGACUUCUCUUAAUUUUGGCGUUAAGGCCUCGUACGUUCAGAGUUAAAAGUUUUAAUGCCAUGUUCCUUCUUUACUUUCCUCCGACUGCUCCUAGUAAAUCUGAUGGUAGUUCUGGGGGUUCUGGUACUUCCAAGUUCAGAUCCUUUGCAUUUCUCUCCAGAAACUUUCUCUUAUCGUCAAGAUUUCUGAUUCUUGUAUUUCUGUCUUUAUAUGUAAAGAACAGACCCUCCGGAAAUUCCCAACAAAAUGGAAUUUUCUUCUUUUUCAGGGCACUUGCCAGGUCCAAAUAACAGUUCCUGAAUGAAAGGAACAAUUUUGGGAUAAAUUUGAACAGGAUCACCUGUUCUCCUUUUAUCUUCAGAUUUUCUUUAAAAUGCCAACUGAGUAUUUCGCCACGUUGGGCUCUUGUCUGAAACUCUAUGAUGCAGACUCCUGGUGUUUUGGCUCCCUUCUGUCCUCUUGGUCCCAGUCUGUAUACUUUUUGUAUCGUUUUCUGAAGUUCCUCUUUGUCCAGUUUCCACUGGUUUGUGGAGUCUUCUAUCACCUGGUCUUUCAGGCCUAAUCCUUCUUUAUCUGCCUCCGGGUAUCUUCUCAAAAUUAAUUGGUGUUCGCGUGCUUGCAUUUGAAGAAAAGCCACAGAAAUCUGCGUAGAUUCCUCCUGUCGUUGAAGCAAAAUUCUUUGCUGUUCCAGUUCUGUAAUUCUGUCCGCAGCUGCUUUAACUUGCUCUUUGCAUUCUUUUGCUUCUUUUGUAGCCAACUUUGAAUCUUUCUGCACUUUACUAAUUGCCUCAGUGUUGGCUUUCACCGAUGCAUCAAUUCCAUCCAACCUGUUGAUCACUGCUUUGACAUCUGCCGAGUUCACAUCCAAUUAAUCUUUGAUUUCUGUCAAGGCUGUUAAUAAUUGCUCAAAUUGCGAGCCUUGUAGCCCUUGUUGUGCCCCCUGCGAGCCAGUGUGGUGUAGUGGUUAAGAGCGGUAGACUUGUAAUCUGGGGAACUGGGUUCGCAUCUCCGCUCCUCCACAUGCAGCUGCUGGGUGACCUUGGGCUAGUCACACUUCUCCGAAGUCUCUCAGCCCCACCGACCUCACAGGGUGUCUGUUGUGGGGGAGGAGGGGAAAGGAGAUUGUUAGCCGCUUUGAGACUCCUUCGGGCAGUGAUAAAGCGGGAUAUCAAAUCCAAACUCCUCUUCUUCUUCUUCCCUGUACUUCUCCAGAUUGUAGUACAGGGUUAGAUGCUCUCCUAGGUAGGCCCGCAGCCUGACCUUGUCUUGCUUUUUCCAGUUUUUCUUGAGCCUUAGAUCUUUCUUUGGGUGAUUUUUGACUACCUACAUCAUCAGAACAGAAUUCUUAAGCCACAGACUCUCUUUGUUGCUGGUGCUUGCAGCUGCAGUUUCAAGGUCUUUUAAAUCUAAGCAAAGAUAGUAUAAACCUAGUUCUCAGCAGUUAAGGAGAUUUCCAGUCUAUUUCAAUCUUAUAAUCCAGCCAAAGUCUUUAAAAUUGAUUGUUUUAAUUCCCCUUUCAACACACAGGCAGAAAACUGCUUUUUUCCUGCUUUUUUCCUGCUCUGACAGGGCUCUGACAGCUGUCAGAAUAGAUCAAAGGCCUUCCAAACAGAGCGAGGGUUGAAAAGUUCAAAACGGCUAGCAGAGCAUUGUGACGUCAGCUUGUCUGGUUGCUGGGGGGGGACUCCCUUUCGGAGCAAAUUGCAGCGGAAAUAUCAAGUCCAAUUUUCUAAGAUUUCAGGGGUCUCAAGUAGACAGUCCACUCUCCCUUUCCCCUGAAUUUGGGGAGGUUUCGAGUUGGGGUUUAAGAGAUAUUAAUUUUUUAAAAACAGCAUCCGGUUGUAGCAGCUUGUCUUUACUUUCGAUUUCAACGCAGCGCUGGGGGGGGGGGCGACUUCCCAAUCCCUUUAAACCCCUCUCCGAUUGUCCAAGUUCUUUCAAAUUAAAAGUAAUAUUCCAAUUGAAAUAUCCAAAUCAAUUUGGGAAGAAUUCACCGCUCAAUUGGUGCCGUCUCCAAGCUGCACCUGGAUGGAGCAGCGUCAUUCCAAGAGCCUGUCUGCCACCCGCUCUCUCUCGCUGCCUCCGGGGGCUAGCGGGAAGCGGGGAGACUCUUCCUGGCUCAGCUGGACCCACGUCCCCAACCAGCCCAGGUUGGGGUUUCUUCUGGGGGGGUUGUUUAGCUUCCACCCUCCUAUCUCCUCCAGGCAGGGGUCCCAGAACUCAGAGACCCCUUUGGGAUGACUUUUCCCAAUGGCGGUAAACCGGAAGUCCUCUUCUGCCCCUUUCUUAAUCUUAAACACCCACUUCCUUCGUAUGGCCUUCUUACCGGGAGGUAGGUCAGUAAGAGUCCAGGUCUUCUUCUGAUGCAGUACAACAUCUCCUUCUGUGUGACCUUCCUCCAGAGAGAGGCUUCUGCAGUUGGCAUCUUCUCCCAUGUAGAAGGUUCUUGAGAAGAGAAAUUGUGUGGCGGCAGCAGUGGGAGCCCCCAUUAGCUAAAGUGGUACCUCAGAUUAAGAAUGAUUUCAGGUUAAGAACGGACCUCCAGAAUGAAUUAUGUUUGUAACCUGAGGUACCACUGUAGCUUCCAAAACUUAUCUUGCUUCUAGAAGCACUAUCAAAUGUUGCUUCCAGUGCACAAAAUUGUAUUCAUUUAACUUGGGACCCUGAUGAAUAGUGGGCAGGUUCAUGGACAUAGAGCAGCUCCCUUUCCUAUGAGAAACCACUUUUUUUAUAAAAAGUAAACUCCACAGUUCAAGCAUAUUCUAAUAUAAUGCUACUUCAUUAACGCUGAUUAAGGGUUAUGAAAGGCUGAUGAUGCAUUACAAUUAUUUAACAUUAUUUCAUUUGCCUUUCUUAAAAAAUUGGAACACAUGGAGGGCAGGAGAGAAUGUAUGAGAUGUUAAAAUAAGAGCAGGUGUUGAUUGAUGUGUGUAAUAUUCCUUUGUUUUCUUCCUAGAAAACAAAUAGGAUUUCCUCCCCCCAUCACCCUCCAAAGAAGACAAUGGAGAAGGCCGCCAGAAAUCUGGGGGGGCAUUUCAAUGCAAAUAAUGAAGAAGCCGUUAAAUAACCAUUUAAAUGCAUGGAGUGCGGAAAGAGCUUCAGUGCGAGUGGAAUCCUUAGAAACCAUCAACAUACUCACACGGUGGAGAAACCAUUUAAAUGUCUGGAGUGUGGAAAGAGCUUCAAUCAGAGUGGACACCUUAGAAACCAUCAACGGACUCACACUGGUGAGAAACCAUUUAAAUGUAUUGAGUGUGGAAAGAGUUUCACUAUUAUUGGAAACCUUAGAAGCCAUCAACGGACUCACACAGGAGAGAAACCAUUUAAAUGUAUUGAGUGUGGAAAAUGCUUCACAAAUAAUGGAAAUCUUAAAAUUCAUCAACGGACUCACACGGGGGAGAAACCAUUUAAAUGUAUGGAGUGUGGAAAGAGCUUCACGCAUAGUGGAACACUAAGAAUUCAUCAACGGACUCACACAGGAGAGAAACCAUUUAAAUGUAUUGAGUGUGGAAAGAGUUUCACUAUUAUUGGAAACCUUAGAAGACAUCAAUGGGAACACACUGGGGAUAAACCAUUUAAAUGUAUUGAGUGUGGAAAAUGCUUCACAAAUAAUGGAAAUCUUAGAAUUCAUCAACGGACUCACACGGGGGAGAAACCAUUUAAAUGUAUAGAGUGUGGAAAGAGCUUCACUAUUAUUGGAAACCUUAGAAGACAUCAACGGACUCACACGGGGGAGAAACCAUUUAAAUGUAUUGAGUGUGGAAAAUGCUUCACUUAUAGUGGAGCACUAAGGAUUCAUCAAUGGACUCACACGGGCCAGAAACCAUUUAAAUGCAUGGAAUGUGGAAAGUGCUUCUCUAAAUGUGGACACCUUAGAAACCAUCAACGGACUCACACGGGGGAGAAACCAUUUAAAUGUAUUGAGUGUGGAAAGAGCUUCAGUCAGAGUGGAGAACUAAGAAGGCAUCAACGGACUCACACAGGGGAGAAACCAUUUAAUUGUACUGAGUGUGGAAAGAGCUUCAGUAGGAGUGGACACCUUAGAAUUCAUCAACGAACUCACACGGGGGAGAAACCAUUUAAAUGUAUUGAGUGUGGAAAGAGCUUCAGUCAGAGUGGAGAACUAAGAAGGCAUCAACGGACUCACACAGGGGAGAAACCAUUUAAUUGUACCGAGUGUGGAAAGAGCUUCAGUAGGAGUGGACACCUUAGAAUUCAUCAACGAACUCACACGGGGGAGAAACCAUUUAAAUGUAUUGAGUGUGGAAAGAGCUUCAGUCAGAGUGGAGAUCUUAGAAUUCAUCAACAAACUCACACGGGAGAGAAACCAUUUAAAUGCAUGGAGUGUGGAAAGAGCUUCAGUCAGAGUGGAGAACUAAGAAGGCAUCAACGGACUCACACAGGGGAGAAACCAUUUAAUUGUACCGAGUGUGGAAAUAGCUUCAGUAGGAGUGGACACCUUAGAGUUCAUCAACGAACUCACACGGGGGAGAAACCAUUUAAAUGCAUGGAGUGUGGAAAGAGCUUCAGUCAGAGUGGAUACCUUAAAAUUCAUCAACGGAGUCACACGGGGGAGAAACCUUUUGAAUGCAUGGAGUGUGGAAGGAGCUUCGCUAUUAUUGGAAACCUUAGAAGACAUCAGCGGGAACACACUGGGGAUAAACCAUUUAAAUGCAUGGAGUGUGGAAAGAUCUUCACUACUAGUGGGAACCUUAGAACCCAUCAAAGGACUCACACAGGGGAGAAACCAUUUAAAUGUAUGGAGUGUGGAAAGAGCUUCAGUCAGAGUGAAAACCUUAGAAUUCAUCAACGGACUCACACAGGGGACAAACCAUUUGAAUGCAUGGAGUGUGGAAAGAGCUUCAGUCAGAGUGGAGAACUAAGAAGGCAUCAACGGACUCACACAGGGGAGAAACCAUUUAAUUGUACCGAGUGUGGAAAGAGCUUCAGUAGGAGUGGACACCUUAGAAUUCAUCAACGAACUCACACGGGGGAGAAACCAUUUAAAUGUAUUGAGUGUGGAAAGAGCUUCAGUCGGAGUGGAGAUCUUAGAAUUCAUCAACAAACUCACACGGGAGAGAAACCAUUUAAAUGCAUGGAGUGUGGAAAGAGUUUCGGUCAGAGUGGAGAACUAAGAAGGCAUCAACGGACUCACACAGGGGAGAAACCAUUUAAUUGUACCGAGUGUGGAAAGAGCUUCAGUAGGAGUGGACACCUUAGAGUUCAUCAACGAACUCACACGGGGGAGAAACCAUUUAAAUGCAUGGAGUGUGGAAAGAGCUUCAGUCAGAGUGGAUACCUUAAAAUUCAUCAACGGAGUCACACGGGGGAGAAACCUUUUGAAUGCAUGGAGUGUGGAAGGAGCUUCGCUAUUAUUGGAAACCUUAGAAGACAUCAGCGGGAACACACUGGGGAUAAACCAUUUAAAUGCAUGGAGUGUGGAAAGAGCUUCACUACUAGUGGGAACCUUAGAACCCAUCAAAGGACUCACACAGGGGAGAAACCAUUUAAAUGUAUGGAGUGUGGAAAGAGCUUCAGUCAGAGUGAAAACCUUAGAAUUCAUCAACGGACUCACACAGGGGACAAACCAUUUAAAUGUAUGGAGUGUGGAACGAGCUUCAGUCGGAGUGGAACACUAAGAAUUCAUCAACGGACUCACACGGGGGAGAAACCAUUUAAAUGCAUGGAAUGCGGAAAGUGCUUCUGUAGAGGUGGGCAACUGAAUUCACAUCAUCGAACACACACAGGAGAGAUGCCAUUUGAAUGUAUGGAGUGUGGAAGGAGCUUCACUUAUAGUGGAACACUAAGAAUUCAUCAGCGGACUCACACAGGGGGAAAACCAUUCAAAUGUAUGGAGUGUGGAAAGAGCUUCAGUCAGAGUGGAAGUCUUACAAAACAUCAACCAAUUCAUACUGGGGAGAAACCAUGUAAGUCCUAGGGUGGAUAGAGGUUC